GGCAGCAGUCAGCCCUUGCCAGUUGCCAGGAAGCGCUCGUAGGCGAUGCCCUAUGAUUGGAACGCUGGGCUCAUCCAUCACGGCGGCGGCGGCGGCGGCGCGCGCGUAGGGGGCCUGCUUGCUCAUCUUAGCCAUCAGGAGGGGCCAUGCCGAGGCUACGAGUUUGAGGAGGCUAGUAGUCGGCUCCCUGGGCAGGCGAAAGACGACCCCAAUCUACCCUGGCUUUCACCAUGAGUCCGGCGUGAGCUCAGCCGACAGCACAGGCGUCUCCAUGGUGCAAGAUAGCGGCAUGUCACGCACACCUUACAGCUCCAGCCAAGACAUCCAAAUGGAGGUCUUAGACAACCCUGGCCUCCAGGGGAAGUAUAGCAAAAGGAAGAACCGCUUCAAACGCUCUGAUGGCAGCACCUCUUCUGACACAACAUCGAACAGCUUCGUCAGGCAGGGUUCUGCUGAGUCCUAUACCAGUCGCCCAUCUGACUCUGAUGUAUCUCUGGAGGAAGACCGUGAAGCCCUGCGCAAAGAAGCAGAGCGCCAAGCGUUGGCACAGCUGGAGAAAGCCAAGACCAAACCAGUAGCAUUUGCUGUGAGGACAAAUGUGGGCUAUAAUCCUUCUCCCAAUGAUGAUGUGCCAGUCCAAGGCAUGUCUAUUUGCUUUGAACCCAAAGACUUCCUUCAUAUCAAAGAGAAAUAUAACAAUGAUUGGUGGAUUGGACGUCUGGUUAAAGAAGCUUGUGAAGUGGGCUUCAUCCCAAGCCCGGUCAAAUUGGAGAAUAUGAGGAUGCAACAGGAACUAAAGAUGAGACAACAUCGGCUUAGCUCAAGUAAAUCAGGAGACAACUCCACUUCCAGCCUGGGAGAUGUGGUGACAGGUCCCCGGAGACCCACCCCACCUGCUAGUGGUACCUUGGAACUGACUAACUUAGCUUUUGACCCAGAUGCCCUUGAUUUAGAGGAGGAGGAAGAGGCAGGAGCCGAUGAGAGCCAGCGUACCCCUAAAACUAGCGUUAGCAGUGUCACCACACCUCCCUCUACUACCAAGCGCAUCCCCUUCUUUAAGAAGACAGAGCAUGUGCCACCAUAUGAUGUGGUUCCUUCUAUGCGACCGAUCAUUCUUGUGGGCCCAUCUUUGAAAGGAUAUGAGGUGACAGACAUGAUGCAGAAAGCCUUAUUUGAUUUCUUGAAACGCCGAUUUGAUGGCAGAAUAUCCAUCACGCGUGUGACGGCUGAUAUCUCUCUUGCUAAGCGCUCAGUCCUCAACAAUCCUAGCAAACACACCAUCAUUGAGCGCUCCAGUACCCGUUCCAGUCUGGCUGAAGUGCAGAGUGAGAUAGAACGCAUCUUUGAAUUGGCUCGAACAUUACAAUUGGUUGCCUUGGAUGCAGACACCAUUAAUCAUCCAGCUCAACUCUCCAAGACUUCAUUAGCACCUAUUAUUGUCUACAUCAAGAUAUCUUCCCCAAAGGUGCUGCAGAGGUUGGUGAAAUCUAGAGGUAAAUCCCAGGCCAAGCACUUGAAUGUUCAAAUGGUGGCAUCAGACAAGUUGGCACAAUGUCCCCCAGAAAUGUUUGACAUCAUUCUGGAUGAAAACCAAUUGGAAGAUGCUUGUGAACACCUGGCUGAGUACCUGGAAGCCUACUGGAAGGCCACACAUCCUCCUAGCAGCAAUCCACCCAAUCCACUGCUAACCCGCACCAUGGCAACUGCUGCCCUGGCUGCGAGCCCUGCCCCGGUCUCCAACCUCCAGGGACCCUAUUUGGUACAUGGGGAGGAGCCUCAUGACCCCGAGCAUCCUGGCCUCCACAGCUACACAGGGCAGCCAGUGGGGCAUGGCCAGAUCCGUUCAAUGGUGCCUCCUUCUCACUUGGCUGCCCGAGGCCUUCCUCGACAAGACACCUUUGAUUCAGAGAUGCUGGGCAGUCGUGAUUCUGCUUACACAGAUCCAGCGGAUUCCUGCAUGGACAUUGAAACUGACCCGUACGAGGAGCUGGAUCCUCCUUGCCUGAGUCACCGCCAGGGCGCCUGGCAGGCUGAAGAACCUGAGCCUCAUCACUUCCAGGGCCACGGUCAUCGUCCCCUCCAGUGCCAAGGCUCCUCAGAGGCCGAGGAGCCUGACCGACAAAACCAUAACCGGUCUCUGCGUGGGCAGGGCAAAGGGCGGGAACACUACUGCCAGGAAGAGGAGGAGGUGGAAGCUCUAGGUCAUAACCAUAACAAUGUGGAGGACUGGGGGCGUGAUGUUUAUAUCCGUUAAGGCCUCAAGGGCAGGUUUUUAUCUGCCUAGAAAGAAGCUUGUUCCCACUCAGACCUUUGGGGGUGACAGCUGAGAGCCACUGAGGGCAGAGGCUGUCCCUAAAAGAUUGGCCUUCAGCCCCACAGUUAGAGCUUGAUGGCUGUAGUAUUUGCACCCCCAAAGCCACAUCAUCAUUGACCAGCCUGUAACUCAAUACCCCUCUUGUCUGGGGACUCCCUCCAUUCCCGUUUUGCCAUUUGUGCCAACAACUUCUUUAACAUCCUCACCCUGCCAGCAGCACUGCCUGGGCUUUCCCACAAGAUCAUGAAGAAUCACAUUGACCUUAAAUUUUUCUUUACACUUCAGGGCUGGAAGGGUGGAGACAGAGUUCCUGAGGACAGGGAGAGGGAGAGAAUUGGUCUCCGCUAGUGCCUCAAAUUAUCCCAAAUGCUUGGGGAAUGGCAGGGGUGGACAGUGACCGUAGACUGGCUCUUCUAAAGUCCUUCUUGCCUGUCCCCAGCCAGAGCCAAACCGCUUCUGGAGGAAGAUGGCCGCCUUUCCUCUUUCAAUUGAAACUGUCAUAGAUCUCUUCCUUUGCUAUCGUAUGGUGCUGCAUCCAGCCCGCCACUGUGGAAGAAAGGGGAAAAAAAGAUUUGUUCAUUGCCAGACCUUUUCCAGUGCCUAAAAAAGAAUUACAACACAAAUCACCUUAAAUCAGCCUUCUCCAUUCUGACAACCUCCAGUCCUGUUGCAUGAUAACUGCAUAAUUCCCAGCCAGCACAUCUGGAAGUUAUCAUGUUAGAGAAGGCUGCCUUAAAUGCUUCAGCCCUCCAGUGCCUCUGCUCAGGGCCCAUCUGUUCGUAUUUUGCAUGCUGAACAGAUUCUGAUUAUACAGAAUGCAUGCAUGUACGUGUGGUAUGUGCCAUGUGCCUGGCAGAGAGAAAGUCUUUGACAUCCCUGUAAAUUGCUCUCUGGAUCUCAGUACUGACUUUGGAAAACUCUUUCCAGCAUGUGUGAUAGCCUGGCCUGAGGCAUUAGGCAGAUAAAAGGCAGAGCAGCACUCACACACCCCUAAGCCCACAAGGAGGCACUGCUAGCUAGUCUCCUUUGCCUUUGCUGCAGGAGGUGCCUUUUCUUGUGGAAAGCUUGUGUGUUGACCCAUCCUGCUAUUGCUUCUUUCUUCCUGAGGAUUUAUUUUCCUUGGUAAACUUGGGAACCUAGCUUGUCUUCCUCUUCUGAUAAUGUGCCAGAUAGGUUGCAGGUAAAGCAACCAGGACAGAAAACAGAAAUAAGAGGAAUUGGGAUAGAUCAAGUUGGAGUCCUAAAUCUGCUACUAUUGAUUACUCAUGUGCAGGUCUAAAAACUUACCCAGACCAAUGUUUUAAGAAUGUAAUUUUUGGGUCCAAAUCUACUUCCUGCCUCUAGUCCCCAGGAUCUUCCUUUAAAAGGAUUUUAACAGGUAAGAAUUGUGACUUCAUGAACACAUCCAUGUAGUUUACUUGACAACAAUAUGGGGGUAAUUUAUUAUUGUUGCCCUGUAAGUAGUUUUAAUCAACUCUGCUUAACUUUUCUUGAAAUCAGCUACAUUCUGUACUUACUUACACUUGAAAGGAUUAAUCUUUACUAAGAUUCAUUAUUGCGGCAUGGAACUGUAAUAAGCAACCCUUGCUAUUUCUAAAUAACACAGAGACCUCAGGAGUUUCCCUUCCCUCCUCUAUAGAUAUAUUGGGCUUCUAUGUGAGCUUGGGGGGGGGGGCAUGGCUUUAAGAGUCAUGCUAAUUUUGAAUGAAUAGAUUCAUUAAGACUUGGAUAGAUGCCUGAAAGAAAGGAAGGCUAAUGUAUAGUGGAGAAGUGCUGUGCUUACUCUCCCGUGAGUACUGAAGCACUUGUACAUCAUUUCUGAAGACUACCCCACCCUUGUUUAUAAAUUAUAUGCCCUAGCUUAGGCUCUGUUAGAAUAGUGCUUGUAAAAAUAUUCAAGAAAGGAAGAUAAUGGAAACUUGGUUGUAUUAGGAGGGGGAAAUAGUAAAAAAUGUACUGACAUCAGAUUCUUGGAUUUGGACAACCUUCUUCAAUGUGGUGCCAAAGACUAAGGAUUGAGGGAGUCCUAGCUCAACAUAGCUGAAAGUCUCCAAGUCAAGAAGGACUGGCAUCUUUCUUUGAUAAAGCUGGUAAAAUUUUGGCAUAUUCAACUAGCAGGAAAAAGGGAGACAUUGUGGCAUAUAAAUCCAGCCUACCUAUUAAUCUACCAAGAAAGUAUAAGGAAUUGAAAUGAAACUCUGCUGCAAGGCAUAGGAAUAACUGUUAACCAGGAGUACAGGUUGGUGAAAUGAGACACAAUUUUUUGGAUUUAUGAUAUCUUGCAAUGAUUGGGGGUGAUAGAUCCUGAUAGUGGCAGCAUGAUUGACUUGAUAUCUUGAUAUCCUUUCUGCUGUAGGGAAAAGGAAAGAAAAGAAAACAGAUAAUCUCCCCAGAACUUUGCUAUUGGUUUGAUCCACUUAUGUAAUUCUUUCCCACCUACUCUUGAAACGGAAGUUCUCUUUGGUUUAUUGGCAUCUUUGAUUCUUUAUGUUAAGCUUCUGCCUCCAGAGCUUCGCACACCCACAACACUUUAGUGGAUAAUCUUUCUAUUAGACACCACUGCUGCAUAGUUUGCUUUAAUUUUUCUGCUCUGUGAACUUCAGCUUCAGCAGUCCUGGACUUUUUGUGUCCGAUUGAUUAAAUGACGAUAAAGAUAGCAAUAGGCUAUUUUGAAUUCUGUAAAUGCAAAUUAGCUUAGGGUUUUCUCUUCUUUCUAUGCCUACAAAGUUCUCAAAAUGAAAGAUAAUAGAAGAUCUGUUACUCUACCUACAUGCAAAUUUGUUUUGUGAUGACUUUAAUUUUUUUCUGCUGCUUCAGUGGAAAUAAAAAGUUGCAGAUUCAUAAACUCUCUACUAACAAAUUGUUAACUGUUUAGCGAGUUUGUUUCUUUGCAAUAGACAAAAAGAUUACAAAUGGGAUUUGAACAAGAAGAUUAUAUCAAAUUAUAAGAUUAUUUGAAGAGAGAGUAUAUUAUUUAUUGUAGUGUUCCUUCAGAUAAAAUUACUUGGCCAAAUUUCUAAUGAAUGAUUUCACCAAAAGACUUGCAAACAGGAGUUUCUGAGGAGAAAAAGGGGUGGUGAUGGAAAUAUUUUUAAGAAUAUAUUGUUGAAUUUUCAAGCAAUUAAGAUUGAUCAUCUUCAUCCCCUACCUAUUUGUACCUCUUGGUUUUAUUCUCCUCUUUGAGUUGUUUUGUUGCUUAAUUUGAGUGGGGAGCAAAAGAGAAAGAUUAUUAUCAAUAGAAUAUAAAUUUUAUUAAGUUUUUGCCUCAUUAUACAACUGGUUCUUCAAUGCUUCAAUAAUCCAAACCAAUCAUUAUCAUGGGAAUAAAAUUAUUUUCUAAAAUGUUA